AUGCAAUGGAUUAAAUUUCCUAACCAGUACGGCUGGAAUAUGGAUGUUUUCCCAAGCUCCUUCAACCGAAUACGAAUAUCUAUCCGUUUAUGGAAUAUUAAGACAGGAUAAUAAAAAGCUAAAUUGGAUGGUCAUUCAUCAACAAUUUGUUCAAUUUGUUACUCUCCUGAUGGUACUACAUUAGCAUCAGGUUGUCAUGAUAACUCUAUCCGUUUAUUGGAUGUUAAGACAGGACAACAAAUCAUACCUUCAGAUUACCGUUAGAAAGAUAUGCUAGCAUAUUUAACCCUUCAACGAUUAAUAGUAAUAUUCUUCCAAAAAGUGGUAUUUAUUUUUCACUAUUCUUCUCUACCUCUUAUAUUACCAUUCUAAAAAUUUGCUACAACCCCAAUUUAGAAGUUUAAAGAGCUUAAAUCUUUAAAGGAGAGUUUGACGAUUAUAAAGGAUAUGAUUACGAUCAUUAUUUACAUCUAAAGGUAGUAUCAAUUUAGAGAAAGAACUAAGAUAGAAACAAAACUGAGUCAAAUUUAGUCUAAUCUUGUAUUUAUUAUAGAUUGACAAAUUGCUAUGAGUUUUGUGAAGUAGAUUAUGGAAUUGGAGGAUUUCACCUUCUAGAAAUUAUAUAUAUAUCAGUCAAAAGUGAAAGUAGCUUGAAAUUAAUCUUAAUUAAGUUAAAAGUUUGUUUUAAAAAAAUAUUUCACUCAAACUUUCUUAGACUUGAAAAACCCUUUGUAAGUUUAAGUAAUUCGUUAUCAAAAAUUUAAUUAUUAUUUGAUUUUGUUAAUAAAUUUUUUUAUUCUAUAUUCUUUAAGAGUUCAAUUUUGCUCAAGGUUAUGUGAGUUUCCCCUUUUAAAACUUACAUCAAUUCCAAAAAUCUAAAACAUUCAUAUAUCGUUCAAACCAAUUAACGUAAGGUUCUUUUUGGUUUGGAUUAUAAAACUCAAAAUAAAGUAAUAGAAAUUAGAUAAUAUUUUAAAAAAAAGUAGAUGCACAACAAAAAAGAGUAAGUUGGAGAGUUGUAUAAGGUUUUGGCCUUAUUCAAAUAGGUUGAUGAAGUAGUCCUCCCUAUCCUCAUAAAUAUAUUAAAAAAUGAUAGAAUUUAAGAUUGCCUAGAAUUUCUCUCAUAAGAUCAAAAUAAAUUCCUUUUAGAAAUAGAAAGAUAAAAUGUAGAAAAUUUAUUUCUGCUUGAUAAAUAAUAGACUCUCAAUGGAGAGAAGAACAUUAAGAGAAUAACGGAUAUUCUCAAAAAAAUUAGGGAUCAUGAAUUUAAUAAACAAAAUUACUCGACAGAUGAUUAUGAGGUAAUUAAAAAGGAUCUAAUUGUAAAAAUAUCGUGGGAUAAUAAAAUUAUAGAUCUUCUCAAAUUUUUAGUUCAUCUGACUGCUUUAGAUGAGAGAUACACUUAAUGUGGAUCAAAUUCUCUUCAUCUGUUAGUUUAGAUGAAGGCUGAUGUGAGGGAAUAAAGUUUUGAGAAUAUCAAGAUUAGAGAUUCCUCUUUAGUGGGUGGAAAUUUUGUAGGAUGCAAUUUCAAUGAAUCAGAAUUUGACAAUGUAGAUAUUAGUGGAAUAAACUUGAAUUAAGCUUAAAUGUUUAAUUGCAAAUGGAAAAAUAUCAAAAUACAUGAAUUAAAUAUACUAGAUGGGCAUUAUAGAAAAGUUUAUUAGGUAUGCUUUUCUUCAGAUGGUAAAUCAUUAGCGUCUUGUAGUGAUGAUAAUUCAAUUAUUUUGUGGGAUGUUUAAACUGGGAAAAAAAAGUUUAGAAGCAGGGGAAAAUGGGAGGUAAAAUAAUUAUGCUUCUCACCUAAUAAUAAUACAUUAGUAUUCAGCAGUUAAGAAUUUUUGUAUUUAUUGAAUCUAAGAACAGGAAAAUAAAAAGUCAGAUUAGGAUUAGAGGGUCAUACUAAAAAAGUUAUGUCAAUCAAUUUCUCUCCUGAUGGUACUAUAUUAGCAUCUAGUGGUGGAUCAGAAAAUGGUGGGGGAGAUUAUACUAUCCAUUUGUGGGAUGUUAAGACAGGAUAAUAAAAAGCUAAAUUAGAUGGUCAUUCUAGUUCUGUAAUGUCAGUCAAUUUCUCUCCUGAUGGUACUACAGUAGCAUCUGGUAGUUCAGAUAACUCUAUCCGUUUAUGGGAUGUUAAGACAGGAUAAUCAAAAGUCAAAUUAUAUGGUCAUUCUAGUUCUGUAAUGUCAGUCAAUUUCUCUCCUGAUGGUACUACAUUAGCAUCUAGUAGUGGAGAUAAGUCUAUCCGUUUAUGGGAUGCUAAAACAGGAUAAUAAAAAGCUAAAUUAGAUGGUCAUUCAGAUUAUGUAAAAACAAUUUGUUACUCUCCUGAUGGUACUACAUUAGCAUCUGGUAGUGAUGAUAAAUCUAUCCGUUUAUGGGAUGUUAUGACAGGGUAAUUAAAAGCUUAAUUAGAUGGUCAUCAAUAUGCAGUUAAUUCAAUUUUUUACUCUCCUGAUGGUACUACAUUAGCAUCUGGUAGUUCAGAUAACUCUAUCCGUUUAUGGGAUGUUAAGACAGGAUAAUCAAAAGCCAAAUUAUAUGGUCAUUCUGGAACAGUUUAUAAAAUUUCUUAUUCUCCUGAUGGUACUACAUUAGCAUCUGGUAGUUCAGAUAAGUCUAUCUGUUUAUGGGAUGCUAAAACAGGAUAAUAAAAAGCCAAAUUUGAUGGUCAUUCAAAUUGUGUUAAUUCAAUUUGUUACUCUCCUGAUGGUGCUACAUUAGCAUCUGGUAGUGAUGAUAUGUCUAUCCGUUUAUGGGAUGUUAAGACAGGAUAAUAAACAGCCAAAUUAGAUGGUCAUUCUAGAGCAGUUUAUUCAAUAUGUUACUCUCCUGAUGGUACUACAUUAGCAUCUGGUAGUUUGGAUAAGUCCAUCCGUUUAUGGGAUUUUAAGACAGGAUAAUCAAAAGCCAAAUUAGAUGGCCAUUCUGGAACAGUUUAUACAGUUUCUUACUCUCCUGAUGGUACUAUAUUAGCAUCUGGUAGUUCAGAUAAGUCUAUCUGUUUAUGGGAUGUUAAGACAGGAUAAUCAAAAGUCAAAUUAUAUGGUCAUUCAAAUUGGGUUAAUUCAAUUUGCUACUCACCUGAUGGUGCUACAUUAGCAUCUGGUAGUGAUGAUAUGUCUAUCCGUUUAUGGGAUGUUAAGACAGGAUAAUAAACAGCCAAAUUAGAUGGUCAUUCUGGAACAGUUUAUUCAAUUUUUUACUCUCCUGAUGGUACUGCAUUAGCAUCUGGUAGUGAUGAUAUGUCUAUCCGUUUAUGGGAUGUUAAGAAAGCCAAAGAGUUUCUACCUCAUCAUAAUUUUUACCAACACUUUCUUUCUUAGUUCAAAUUGCCACUAUAAAAUCAGUCAAUUUUAACCAAUAGUAUUUAUUAAUAUUAUCUUUAGUUGAGAUUGAUUGUACAAUACUAAGAAUAUGCCAAAAUUCAAUUUUGGAGGCUUAAGGAGCUUUUAUUUUGUAAGGAGUUAUUAAAAAUUAUUCAGGUUAUGAUUUAAAACCCUUAUUUAAAUCUAAGGGAGGCUUGAUUUUAGAAAACUUUAAAGAAUUACAAUAAGAUUGA